CAAUGGCGGCGCUGUGUGGAACUCGUGCCUUGACAGCCAGGAGGCAUUUCCCGCGACUUUUUCUCUUCUCCCGAUCGUGUCGCGGCGCCAGCGGUGACAGCGGAGCCGGGGGCGAGAGUUCCGAGCCCGGAGAGUCUACGGCGCGCGCGGGCGGCUUCGCCAGCGCCCUGGAGCGGCACUCGGAACUGCAGCGCCGGGCGGAGCGCGGGCAGCGCUCUUCAAAAAAUGUGGAGUCCUUCGCGUCUAUGCUGAGACAUUCUCCUCUUACACAGAUGGGCCCUGCCAAGGAUAAGCUGGUCACUGGACGCAUCUUUCACAUAGUGGAAAAUGAUCUUUAUAUAGAUUUUGGCGGCAAGUUUCACUGUGUUUGUAAAAGACCAGAAGUGGAUGGAGAGAAAUACCAGAAGGGAAGCAGAGUUCGGCUGCGGCUGUUAGACCUUGAACUCACAUCGAGGUUUCUGGGAGCGACAACAGAUACAACCAUACUAGAGGCGGAUGCAGUUCUCCUAGGACUCCAGGACAGAGGCUCAAAGUCAGAAGAGGAAUACCGGGAAAAAAUAAGUGAAUUUUGCUUUAGCAUAGCCACUCCUUUCUGACUGAACUAAAAUAUUCAAGAAUUCAACUAAAAACCUGAAUGCGUGACUGAAAGAAGAACUAAGUGAAAACCAUCAUUACAGCUCUGUGUUAGAAUUUUCCUUAACUGUAUCUUCCUCCAUUUCCUGUUUUUAGUUGUCACUGAGAUGGCAUAAACUGUUCUGAGAAAAUGUAUCAUUCCCUAAGUAAGGCUUGAAUGUUCUCAUACUCUUCUGAAUUCCAGAGAAACAGCAGUAAACAAAUUGGAUAAACUUGCUUACUUUAUGGAACUUCUCUUUGACUGGGGGGAGAGGAAUACUAGACAAUAAAGAACUAAAAUCACUGUCUUCGACCUUGAUGUGGGUGAAGGAUAAUACCAAAGCAGAGAUUUCAGUAGACAUUCAGUAGACAUUUCAAAAGACAUACCAAUGGCCAACCCAUACGUGAAAUGUGAUCAUCAGCACUCAUGAAAAUAAUCAACAUCAUUAAUUAUCAGGAAAAUGCUAAUCAAAACCACAUCGCUGUCACCUAACACCUGUGAAAUGGCUGUAACCAAAAAAGAUUUGAAACAAGUGUUGGCAACAUGUGGAGAAAAUGAAACCUUGUACAUUUCAAAAAAUGCAUGACCCUCCUCUUUUUUAUUGCAUUAUGUACAGUCGACACAAGCCAUCCUAAUGGAGACAUCAUUGGCUUCUGCUUACUCUGACUGUGAUGAAGGGUCAGAGAAUUCUGAAUAGAGGACAGAGAUACACCAACAUUUUAGCCUGAUCCCUCUGGGGAUGGCAGAUGAACACGGGCAUGGGCAGUAAAAGAUCUGUAAGGAGACUUGUAGUGCAGGGGAUAGAUGGUGGCAGCUUGGGCCAGUGUAGUGUGAAUGGUGGUGAAAAGUCAAAAUCUAGAUGUAAUUGGAAUAUACUGUUCUCUAAAAUAGUGGCUAUAGGAUAAUAAAGAGACAUGAAGAAUGACACCAAGUUUUUUUUUUUUUUACCUGCAUAACUGGAAGAUUUAAGUUGUUUUUAACUAGAACAGGGAAGAACAGGGCAGAGGACACAGUCAUUUUGGGACAUAUAAAUUUGAGGUACCUCUUAGUCAUCUAAGUUGAAAUGUUCUAAAGGCAGUUGAAUAUAUCAUUCUGGAGUUCUCGGAAGAGGCCCAACAGCAGAGAAACUGGCAAACCUGGGCUGAAGGUGUAACGUAGCCAUAGAGAACUUGCCUUCCAUGUAUGGGCCAAAUCCUAGCACUGAAAACAAACAAUAACUUUGCAAAACAGAAACAUUUCAUACUAAUUUAUAAAUUAGGUAGCUUAAGAAAUCCAGGCACAAAAAUUUGUAAGUCUACAACUGUACCUCAUGGUGUUUCACUAAU